CGAUUAAUCAUCAUUGCAAAAAUUAAAGCGCUGACUGUACACGAAGCUAAUUUAAUCUUACUCAGUCCCCACCUCACUCAGAGUAAGCUCCAACCAUGCCCUAUAUAAGCAAGUCUUUUUACCUCUUCCUUUCUCAUAAACUUAAAAAUGUCUGCACAGUGGAGUGAAGAACAAAUCCGAAUGCUUAUUAAUGAACGUAAAAAUGGGAAUGAAGAAUACCACCGAACCCCGAACUGUAACAAAAGAAACUUUUGGGAAGAUAUUGCGAAUGAAAUCAACCGAGUAAAUAAUACCAAUUACUUCACUGGGGAAGAUUGUAACAAGAAAUUCUUAGCUCUAACUCGAGCAUACUAUGUAAGUAAUAUGAUAAUCAAAUAGUUGGAGACGCGUUGCUUAUACUUAACCAACUCUGAUCUGAUAUUUUUGGUGAAUAUAGACAGCCAGGGCCUAUAAGAAAGCUGUAGCAGAAGCUAAUGCAGAAGCGCUCUUAGAGGGAUCAGAUAAUACUGAAACUAAUGAGGGAGAUAAGGCAAAAGUCAAAAAGAAGAGAAGUACAUUAUUACGAAGAGUUCUCAACAGAAUUUUGGAAAGAACCUGGUAUU